GAUUAUAAACACGAAGAGAAUGAAGAAGAUUAGAAGAUUUUUUUUAGAAUAAUUUUUUCUCCUUUUCAUUUGUAAUUUAGUUUAAUUUGUCAAUUAAUUGAAUAAAUUAAAAGACGGUGGACUGUUUGGUAAGAUCAUCGGCAAAUCGUUGUAAAUUUAAUCAAUACCAAGUGAACUUGUUUGGAUAAAAAAAAAUGACAUCCAACUCGUCAGCAGCAGCCUUCCAAAGCUUAGCAGAAUUGGCUCACAGAGAAUACACUGCUGCAGAUUAUGAAAGCUCUGAAAGACACUGUAUGCAACUAUGGAGACAAGAUCCUACCAACACCAGUAUUUUAUUACUCCUUAGCUCAAUAAAUUUUCAAUGUCGACGUCUUGAUAAAUCGGCACAUUUCAGCUCUCUAGCUAUCAAACAGAAUCCAUUACUUGCUGAGGCUUAUUCAAAUCUUGGAAAUGUUUACAAAGAGAAAGGUCAACUCCAAGAGGCAUUGGAAAAUUAUCGACAUGCUGUCAGACUUAAACCGGACUUUAUUGAUGGUUAUAUUAAUCUGGCCGCUGCUUUGGUUGCUUCAGGAGAUUUGGAACAAGCAGUUCAAGCCUAUGUAUCUUCUUUGCAAUAUAAUCAGGAUCUUUAUUGUGUUCGAAGUGAUCUUGGUAACCUGUUAAAAGCAAUUGGACGACUUGAUGAGGCAAAGGCUUGUUACCUUAAAUCAAUUGAAACAUGUCCAACAUUUGCAGUUGCUUGGUCUAACCUCGGGUGUGUCUUUAAUGCCCAGGGUGAAAUGUGGCUCGCUAUUCAUCAUUUUGAGAAGGCAGUUCAAUUGGAUCCCAAUUUUCUUGAUGCAUAUAUAAAUCUUGGAAAUGUAUUGAAAGAAGCAAGAAUUUUUGAUCGAGCCGCUGCUGCAUAUCUACGAGCUCUAAAUCUCAGUCCCAAUAAUGCUUUAAUUCAUGGUAAUCUUGCUGGUGUCUAUUAUGAGCAAGGUUUAAUUGAUCUUGCAAUUGACACUUACCGCCGAGCAAUUGAAUUACAACCAGAUUAUCCUGAUGCUUAUUGUAAUUUGGCUAAUGCUUUAAAGGAGAAAGGAUGUGUUUCCGAAGCAGAAGAUUGUUACCAUACAGCACUUCGUUUAUGUUCAACUCAUGCCGAUUCUUUAAACAAUUUAGCCAAUAUUAAACGUGAACAAGGUCACAUUGAGGAAGCUACCAGGUUGUAUCUUAAAGCGUUAGAUGUUUUCCCUGAAUUUGCCGCAGCACAUUCCAAUUUAGCUUCAGUUCUACAACAACAGGGUAAACUUGGUGAAGCCUUAAUGCAUUAUAAAGAAGCGAUCAGAAUUUCUCCAGCCUUUGCUGAUGCAUAUUCUAAUAUGGGGAACACUCUUAAAGAAAUGGGAGAUAUUCAAGGAGCCCUUCAAUGUUACAGUCGUGCUAUUCAAAUAAAUCCAGCAUUUGCUGAUGCUCAUUCAAAUCUUGCUUCGGUUCACAAAGAUUCUGGUAAUAUUCCGGAAGCAAUUCAAUCCUACAAAACCGCUCUAAAGCUUAAACCAGAAUUUCCUGAUGCUUAUUGUAAUCUUGCCCAUUGUUUACAAAUUAUCUGCGAUUGGACUGACUAUGAGGCUCGAAUGAAAAAAUUGGUUUCAAUAGUUGGUGAACAAUUGAAAAAAAAUCGUCUACCCUCCGUUCAUCCUCAUCAUUCAAUGUUAUAUCCUUUAUCUCAUGAAUAUCGUAAAGCAAUUGCAGCUCGUCAUGCUGCUUUAUGCUUAGAAAAGAUUCAAGUACUCCAUAAACCACCCUAUCAAUUUAAGUUUGGUAAGGUUGAUAGACUUAGAAUUGGCUACGUCAGUUCUGAUUUUGGUAAUCAUCCAACUUCACAUCUUAUGCAAAGUGUCCCAGGUUUUCAUGACCGUGAAAAUUUUGAGAUAUUUUGUUAUGCUCUCUCCCCUGAUGAUGGAACCACUUUCCGAAGUAAAAUUGCUGGUGAAUGUGACCAUUUUACUGAUCUAUCAACAGUUACCUGUAAUGGUAAAGCAGCUGACAUUAUCUAUGAAGAUAAACUUCACAUUUUAAUCAACAUGAAUGGUUACACGAAAGGAGCACGUAAUGAAAUAUUUUCCCUUAAACCAGCACCAAUACAAGUUAUGUGGCUUGGUUAUCCAGGAACCAGUGGUGCUUCAUUUAUGGAUUAUAUAAUUACCGAUAAAAUUACCUCACCAAUUGAAUUGGCUUCACAAUAUUCAGAGAAAUUGGCUUUUAUGCCUGAUACAUUUUUCAUUGGUGAUCAUUUUAACAUGUUCCCCCAUCUAAUUGAAAGGGUUAUCCUUUCUGAAGCCAAUGGAUUGAAAAAAAAUUCUAGUUUAUACAAUUAUUCGUCAACACUUAAUUCAAAUAUAAAUGAAUCACCACCAGAUAAUGUGGCCAUUGUCAAUGCUACCGAUUUAUCACCAAUCAUGGAAAAAGUUGAAGUGAAAAAGGUUAAAGAAGUUGCCGUUGUUACAACUCAAUCUCUCACCUCAAAUACAAAUACAACUGAAAAGAUUGAGGUUGUUAAAAAAAUGGUUGAAUUACCAACUACCUCAGCUGUUCAGGCAAUGAUAAGUACUGGUCAACUUUCAACUUCAGUUAAUGGUAUUGUUGUACAAAAUGGUUUAGCCACAACCCAACUUAAUAAUAAAGCAGCUACAGGAGAGGAGGCACCUAAAUCAAUUGUGGUCACUACAAGGCAACAAUACGGUUUACCUGAAGAUGCUAUUGUUUAUUGUAACUUUAAUCAGUUGUAUAAAAUUGAUCCACCAACAUUAACUAUGUGGGUAAAUAUUUUGUUAAGAGUCGAAAAAAGUGUUUUAUGGCUUCUUAGAUUUCCAGCUCAUGGCGAACCAAAUAUUUUAUCAAUGGCUGAAGAAUUGGGUUUACCCACAAAUCGAAUUGUUUUAUCGAAUGUAGCUGCUAAGGAAGAGCAUGUUCGUCGAGGUCAACUUGCCGAUCUUUGCUUGGAUACUCCUCUAUGCAAUGGACACACAACCGGAAUGGAUGUACUUUGGGCUGGAACCCCGAUGAUAACUCUAGCUGGUGAAACAUUAGCAUCAAGAGUGGCAGCCUCACAAUUGGCCUGUUUAGGUGUACCUGAAUUAGUAGCCCGAAAUCGUCAAGACUAUGAGGACAUUGCAGUUAAACUUGGAACUGAUCGGCAAUAUCUUAAAGCUAUUAGAGCAAAAGUAUGGAAAGCAAGGACUGAAUCAUCUCUAUUCAAUGUUAAAAUAUACACUUCGAACCUUGAAAAAUUGUACAGACGAAUGUGGUCCAAAUAUGAAAGAGGAGAGAAACCUGAUCAUAUAACCGAAUGGUGAAUCAAUUAUUGGAACCAUUGAAACUUAUCAAUUGUUUUGAUGGGCAAACAAAAAACCUACUCUAAUAUAAAGAAGCAGAAAUCAAGUUGAUGAAAUUCACAAGGUGUACAAAGUGUAAAAAUAUAUACAAACACACACACACACAUAACCGGGAGCAUAUAUUAUCUAUUUAAUCAAUUCAUGGUCUUUUAUUUUGAUUAAUUCAAUUAGACCUUAAAAAGUAUUUAGCUCUUGAAAAAUACAUCAACUUUUUUUUUCUUUCAUCAAAUUUCGUUCUCAUCAAACCAACAACACAUUAUCUCCAUCAUCAUCUCCAAUUAUCAUCUUUCCCUCUUUCUUUCUUUCUUUCUUUCUCUCUCUCUCUCUCACUCUAUAUCCCUCUAUCUCUUUAUCAUCAAAAAGAAACAGAUAUAACUAUAUAUUGUCAUCAUCAUCGUAAUCAUCAUUAACCCGUUCAAGUAAAUGGUACCGAGCCGUGACACACAAAACCUGGAGCUUGAAUUGACAACAUAAAAAACAAAAUAAACAAAGACAGAUUAUA